AGUAUCAUCCAGUUUCUCUCUCCAACACCUUCUUCUGCUUCUGAUUCUGAUUCUGCGCAGUAUCAUCCAGUUUCUCUCUCCAACAACUUCUUCCUGCUUCUGAUUCUGAUUCUGCUUCCUCUCGAAGCAGCUAAAAAUGGAGCUCCGCGUUCUCCCGCAGCGCCCUCCACAUUGCUCAUCACACCUCGCCUCUCCAUUCACAUCCCCCAACUCAAUUAGGGAUCCGCCGAAGAAGGCGAAAUCGACGGCGGCCUUUCGGUGCCACUGCUCGAGCGAGUCAGAUUCGAAUUCGGCGUCUGUUCGGGUUCCUUCGGCCGACGACGGGAGGAGAUGGUUCGUGAGCCUUCUCGUUGCUUCUGGGCUAAGCAUGAACAACAGAGCUGAUGCAGUGUCUACCAGUAGAAGAGCACUUAGGAGUGCCAAGAUACCUGAGAGUGAAUUCACCACCCUACCGAAUGGUCUAAAGUAUUAUGAUAUAAAAGUUGGAGGUGGACCUAAAGCUGUGAAAGGAUCACGCGUCGCGGUACACUAUGUGGCCAAGUGGAAGGGUAUAACCUUCAUGACUAGUCGGCAAGGUCUUGGUGUCGGCGGCGGAACGCCCUAUGGUUUCGAUGUCGGCCAAUCUGAGAGAGGCAAUGUUCUGAAAGGAUUGGAUCUUGGGGUUGAGGGAAUGAAAGUUGGGGGCCAGAGAUUGCUGAUAAUUCCUCCCGAACUGGCAUACGGAAGUAAAGGAGUUCAAGAGAUUCCUCCAAACGCAACGAUUGAGUUAGACGUCGAACUGCUAUCGAUCAAGCAGAGUCCGUUCGGUUAAAGAGCUCAUGUUUGAGUUACUCUCACAGGACUGCCGUGAAGCUUGUUGAAGGAUGACAUCCUAACUCUAUUUCUGCGGUGAUUUUUGAACUUCCACCUGAUUUCUGCUACGCUGAUUUCCUUUUGCUCAAUUUUUGAUUAUUUCUUAAUACAAAGUGUGUAUACGCAUUUUGUUUCCUGUAUACAGAAGAUGUAAAGUUUAAAGAAUUAGAUACCUUUGCCAGGGUCUUCAAAAUGGAUACUUUUGAAACUAAAGGGAUCCCAAAAGGAGAUUCUUCUUGUCUUGCA